AGGUAUCGCACAGUACGUCUUCAGCCUACCCAAGCUGUACCCUUCUGAGAAGAUAUGACUUCAUCCGAAGACGAUGCAAAUGUUGCAAUGCGUAAAUAAAAAACUCUUUGCGCUUGUUGCGUGAGGCCCAUUCAGAUUGGCUAGAAUAUGAUUUUGGAUGAAGGAGUAGACUUUUGCUCGUUCCUCGCCUAGCAGUGGUAGAAUUUUCUCCAGAAAUGCUCUGCGUCGUCGGUCGGCGCUUAAUAUCCACGAAAGUGACAUGAUAUCGACCCCCUACCCCUAGUUGUCGCCGCGGCGUGUCUCUGCACACAAAAAUCUGAAUUUAGAUUUACAGUUUAUCCUAGGACGAGACAAUUCCUUUAAUACCAAGAAGAUAAAAAUGCUGCUCGCCAUUUGGCUGAGGCUAUUCCUGCGUGGUCCUGGUUCUCUGCUUCUUGCAUCAGUGCAGUUGCAGUUGCUCUCGUCGUCGUCCAUCCUAGCCGGAGUUUUGCUAUAUCAUGUUCAUCCCAUUUCUAAUUUCGCCUUCGCAGUCCACCUCGUGCCUCCAGCCAGCGAGGGAACAACUGGUGGAAGUACUACCGCUGGUAAAAACGGUUCAUCAGCAACAGCAGCGUCAACAUCUUCUACUCCUGCCGGAGAUGAAGUAGAUCAAGAUGUUGACGAUAGGGAUAGCCACGCCGUCGGGGCCCGGUCUUCCACAGAACAAACCACGCUGCUGCAGCAGGGACGACCGCGACCAGAUGAUGAACGAAGGGACUACACCAGAGCUGGGAAUCAUGUUGGUACAGGCGUUGCAGCCCCAUCUACUGUCGCGGAACAAGCAGUCCUGGACUACGAGUCGGGAGGGGAGAUUAUUUCCUCGUCUUCUUUCAGACGGGAGGAAGAUGGAGCAUUCGAAUCUUCUUCUUCACGAGGCCGGCGCUCCUCUGUUGCUAGUGCAGCUCCUCGCCGCGCACCAGCGUGGUCGUCCACCUCUUUUACAUUGAUGAGCAUGAUACCGGUCGGCGGUGCUGGGGAAACAACGAAUCAGAAUUCUAGCUCUGAAGACGAGGAAAAUCACAACGAGGAUGGCGACGAUGUUGUUGUUGAUGUUGUUGAGCACGACCACAUGGAUGAUGAAAACAUGCUGGCUACAACUAGAAGCACUUCUGUAGAUGACGCCGGAGAACUUGUACAUGAAACAACGCCAGAUGUAGUCGCAGUUGUGCCGAGCAGCCCUGGGACCGUGAGCCACGAACUCGUCACAGCAGAUCAUGCAGAAGAUGAAGAUGAAGCUGGUGUCACGACGACAAUCGUCUCGCCGGAUGAUGAUGAUGAUGAUGCGUCUGCUCGCUUUCCGUUUGAUUUCACAACCGAUGUUCACGAGCCUGAGCAAAUGGAGGACAAACCUCCCGGGGGUGGAUUCCUGCAAAAAGCUACAGCACCCCAAGAACAACUACACCAACGGCGACAGAAGAAGAUCGAAAGGAAGGCAUCAGCGUAUGCCAGCGAAGCAGGUCCACGACCAUGGAUAAAACAGACGAAGCUUGGACGGUCGAAAAUGAGCGCAGAACAACAGGUACAAGUAAAAGCUCAGGUGUUACACAACCCUGCUUUGACGAUGGCACCCGAGGUGAAGGACUACAAACUAGUACAACCAGAGGGUACAACUUCUGGAGCACCACAUCAGGAGGGACCACGCACCGGUACUAGCGCCUCCUCGUCUUGUUGCGAUGAGGAUGAUGGCAUCAACGAUGCGAGAGUGAACGCCACGGACGGAGGUCGGGGAGUCGCCAGGCUGCAGCAAACAGAACGGAAACUCGUGCGCAAGGUCCGCACCACUCCGACACUACUUUUUUACAAGCGGCUUCGCGACAGCGCCGAUGAUCGAGAUCACGAGAAACACGGAUUGAAUCGGACGAGAAUAGAUCCGAUCUAUCUUCUAUCCUAUGGAAAAACGUCCCCACCCCAGAGUCAUCAAGAUAGGGCUUUUGCUACACAUCAAAUCAGCAAGCUUUGCCUGUUGCGCAUGGCAAGCUCGGGUCUCUAGUGUAGUUGUGUUUAUUGGCUAGUGAUGCCGCAUCACAAAUCCUGCUCCCUAUCCUGAGUAGAGCAUGACAAAGUACUAGAAAGCAUGAGAAAGCGCUGCUCAACAUGGUGUUGCGCAUGAGAAACAAUUUAGGCUUGCAGGUUAUUUGCAUGACAACGAACUCUGGGGGCGGUGGGGACGUUUUUACUUAGGAUAUCUUUAUAAGGCUAGCACGCACGUUCUAAAGGAUCUAGACACAAUGGGGCUCGACAGAAAAAUCCAGGCCGCUCUGGACGAGACGCCGACCUUGGCGCUCUCGGAUGUGGUAUUCGAUUUGCGGAUGAGCGACACGCUGAGAGCGGUGUACGAAGCCCGGGAAAAGGAAGAUUUGCACAAGUACCGCAACGUGCGGGACCCCGCUUUAAAAAGGGAGAAGGUGAGGCCGUGGAAAUGUGUCCAGUUUUUGCACUAUCAAAUGCAAAAAUGUCUCGGUCUGGAGGGUUCUAAACUUGUAAUGCUGUCUCUGGAUUCUGAAAAAAUUUGUAUUGCGUGACCAGCAAGAGAGCUCCAGUUUGUGCUACGCGGAGAGGGCAUUUCUCAUGCGGCAGAGGCGUCAAAAAGUCCUCUAAAAAUCUGUGAUGCUAGGGUAUACAUCACAGACAUCAUGGGUCAUUCAAAAUAUGCAUGACAAAGACAAACCUGGUAGUCUUCCAGACCCAGACACUUUUGCAUUUGAUAUGCAGCAGGUGUCCACGCGGGAUGCCACGCUGAGCAAGAAGGAACACCACAACGAAGUGGUGCACAUUCGGGGUGAAGAUCUCUCGUAUCCUAAGCUGUGGAAAGGAAAGCAACUGCCGUGGGAGAUGCGCCUGUACCGCGGGAAGGACGUGCGCAUGGGGAGUUGCGAAGAGUGCGGCAUUGUGUGGGACCCGCCAGUAUCCACAGUAAAUUUCCCGUACACGUACAAAUGCGGUCUCUGCAUGACAAAAAUUGGCUUUGAUCCUAGUUUAGCAUGACAAGUUUUACUCUCCAAAUUGGUGAAGUUUGUGAUGCAUCCUGUACAUGUACGGGAAAUUUGUAUUGCAUAGCCAGACGACAAGAUGUCUUGCGUGGAAACCUACAAAGUCGGGCUGCGGGGAGAAGAAACGCUGCUAGAGUACUCCACCUACUACCUCAUCAACGAAGAGACGAGGGCAGCGGACUGGUUCAACGUGAAACUAUGCAUUUUUGCAAAUGUGUCAUCUGGGUCCGAAUCAUGCAAAAAUCUGUGUUGCAUGAUUAAGUACCAAUAAUGCUGUCCACUUUUGAGCAAAGCCGAGAGGCAGUUUCUCAUGCGGAAAAGGCAUGGUAAAGAUCUCACAGAAUCUGUGAAGAUGCCAGGAGAUGCAUCUUCACAGACCUCAUGCGUCAUGCAAAACGUGUAUGACAAAUGUUGCACUUCUUUUCUAGACCCAGAUCGAUAUUUGUAUUUGAUAGAAACUGCUAAAAGACGACGAGCAGCUCCGUCUGGACGUAAUUCAACUCGCCGACCAAGAUAUGCACUGCAAAAGUAUCGUACUAGUACAAAUCGCAAUACAAAUUGGCUCAGCAUUACAAAUUAAAUUUGUAAUGCGGAUUUACCUAACCAACUAGAUUUCGAUUUGUGAUGUAUAACUGCGAUUACUAUGAGUACGAUAUUUUUGCACAGGAUACAAGAGAGCGGAGGCUGCAGCACGUGCUGUUGUGUCGUGGUCACCUUGGUGGUGCUCCUCGUGGUGCUCAUUCUCGCGAUAGCCGCCUACCUUUACUUCUACCGUUGGGGGGAUGGGGAUGCCUGGGAGCACGAAAUGGACAACGAAGAUUUAGACAAGGCUAAUACGGAUGACGAGAACAUCAAUACAGAGGCAGAUACUAGCCUGAGAAGUCUUCACGGUCAGGACCCUGAGGAGGCCGAGCAGCUUGGGAACAAUUUUGACAGUGAAAUAAACGACCGCAGUGGACAGGAUCAUCGGGGUCGUGGUUUAUUCCAGAACAAAAUGCCCCUGCCCUCCCCGCCGCCGGGAUUUUCUUUGGCCCCCGAAAACGGCAGGAAUUUGAUUUUCUCCCCACCGGUCAGCAGUUACGAACAGAUACAGAAACUGCAACGAGAACAGGGCGUGGGUACGACGAAAGUGGACGAGGAUGCGAAACAAAAAAUCAUACCGCAAGUCGUCCACGUCCAGUCCGCGGCGGAGAAUGUGUUUUACGCGCCAACCACAAUCGAGCCCAGCAUGAACACAGAACCGAGCUUGACAAGCUUCGUGCCGCCUUCCGGCCUUGCAGGAGUCCCUGGGUCUAUCUUCGCCGCCGGCGCGCCACUGUCAGGUCGUGGGGGAUAUGAAGAAGAAGAAGAAGCGCCAGGAGUAGCAGCUCUAGCGCUAGGUGGGCAGCCUGUUGAAGAAGAAGUAGACCAUGGGUCAAAAAAAACUCCACUGUCGAUGAAACAGGCGUACGAGCGGACGCGACGAGGGAAGAUCGGGUUUGCCUGGGAGGGGGAGCAGCUGCCGUACUAUGAUGGCGGAGAUUUGAAUUAUUUUAACCACGACGGGAGUCGUGCAGUUCUUGACAGCACCUCCUCCUCCUCCUCCUCCCGUGCGAGGCAGGGUGUGCACAAAAACCUGCGGGGGGAUGAAGAAAUUCUGCAAGAGCCAUCAUCUGGUGCGGGGACGAGGGUGAAAAUAUUAAACACCCGAGAUGAAGAAGAACCAUCAACAGGGCAGGCUAGAAGGAGCAGCGGGAAUAGACGGAGUAAAGGCACUGCGUAAAGAUAGUAAGUACCAAAAGUAACCAUAGCUGCAGAGGACGUAUAGAACGAGUCGUAAAACUCGACGAUUGAAUAAAAAAUCGGAUAAACUCAAAGUUAGUAAUCGCAUUAUACAGUAUGAAAUAAUUCUAUCUUGUGUUGAAAGUCCAAACUUUUUAUCCUUCCGAGCAGGGGAAUAACGUUCGAAAGAAAACAAGCCAAGUCCUCUUCUACAGACGAACCGUACUCCUGCGGCCUCCAGUUGUCGCUCGUUCUGUGGUGAAACGUCCGGGAAAGAUGUUCUUUUCAGUGGUCAUUACUCUUACUUUUGUUAACACCAUCGCUUUAUUCCCAUCGUUCGUUUUUUCUUUAUCGGCUG